GCAGCCGCGUCACAGCGCUGUUCUCACAGGAGAUCUCGCGAUGACUUCUUGGUUGCUAAGCAACGCAGAGGCGAGCGUUCGGUUCGCGUGCUAAAGGAGCUAAAUCAAGACCGCAGAUUCGCAGCUGAAGACACAAUGGCAGGUCAGAGACCCGUGAGCCGUGGAUCCUUUGGGCCAGGCCCUGGAAGACCCCCGACAGCCAUCCGACCCCCACAGACAGCCGUCAGAGUCGGUACUGCGGUGGCCCCGGGGACCGGCCGUCCCGGCACCAGAGGGGGACCCGUGGCCAGUCCUGGUGUUUUAUCGGCUCAGAUUAAAGUGGCCGAUCGGCCAGUGACUCAACAGGGCCUCAGCGGAAUGAAGACGGGCAUGAAAGGACCUCAGAGGCAAAUUCUGGAUAAGUCAUAUUACCUUGGGUUAUUACGGAGUAAAAUAAAUGAGCUGACGAUGGAGUCGAGCAAACUACAGAAGGACAUUGACACCUUCAGUCAGGAGAAUUCAGUCUUUCUUUCUUAUGAAAAACGAGCAGAAGUCCUGGCUGGAGAAAUUAAAGAUCUUCAAGGGCAGCUGGCAGAUUACAACAUGCUUGUUGACAAGCUGAACACGAACACUGAGAUGGAUGAAGUCAUAAAUGACAUCAUCAUGCUGAAAGCACAGAAUGACAGAGAAGCUCAAAGCAUGGACGUGAUAUUCACUGAGAGACGAGAGAAAGAGGACAUGAUCCGAGCCGUGGAGGAUGAUAUAGUCCAGGAGAAACAGGCUGCCCAAGACAUCAUUAAAAAGAUGUCUGCUGACAAACAGGCCAAGUACACUGAGAUGAAGGCCACCAAUGAAGAGCUACUGCAGGAGCUGUAUUCCCAUCAAGAGGAACUGGACGCUCUGAUGAGUAGGAAGGAGACGUUUGAGGCGGAUCUGCUUCACUCUCAGGCCAAACAGGAAGCAGUCAUGCUGCACGAGAAACUCCUGGAGCUGGAGAACCGCAGAGACGCCAUGCUGGCUGAAGACAGGAACAUGGGCUCUCCACAAGAGGAGAGAGAACGCCUCUUUAAACAGGUGAAAGAAAACAACCAGGAAAUAGCCAGCAUGGAGCGACAACUGUCAGAGAUACGUGAGAAAAUCAGCCAUCUCACCGAAGAGAUGCGGCAACUAGAUGCUGACAUGGAGGAACAUCAAGGGGAACGAACUCAAAAGUACAAGGAGCUGCAGAAGAGAGAAGAGGAAAUCGACUCAUAUUUGAACACAUUUGAGGAGAAUAAAUGUCAGGAGCAGCAGCUGAUCAGAGAUACUCAGAGCAGCGUUGUGGCUCUACUGGAGCACUCCAGCAGGAACAUCAGUCGUCUGCAGCAGCUGUCAGCGGUCACUGCGCAGGAGCUCCGGUCCAUGCAGGACGAUCUGAGUUUCAAAGAGACAGAGAUGCAGAAGUCUCAAAGCACAGCCAGAGGCCUUUCCUCAGAAAGCGAGCGUCUACAGCAGGACCUGUUGAAAGUGGAGCAGUUGGAAGGAAAGGUCGGCACAGAGCUGCAAACGCUGAGAGAUCAGCUUCGAACUCAUGACACGGAGCUGCACACAUACAGAGAUCUGGAUGCUCUCAAAGCAGCCGGAGAGGACAGGAAGAAGAGACUGCAGGAGGAUCGUGUGACACUCACUCAGAGGAAGGACACGUUCAAGAAGAUGCUACACAAAAUGAACGAGGAGUACGAGUCUCUUAAAAACCAGUUACAAGAGAAUGAGACCCAUGUAGAGCUGACCAAUAUGGAGAGGAAAUGGCAACAUCUUGAGCAGAACAACUUUGUGAUGAAAGAAUUCAUCGCCUCAAAAGGUGUAGAGAGCGAUUACCGCCCAGUGGUGAAGAACGUCAACAAACAACUGCAGGAGUACAAUAAGAUACUGGUUGAUACCCUACAGGGGACAAGAAACUGACUUCCUGUCUGCUCAGACUGCAGCUCGCAAACUCUUUUCCUGUUCAAGAUGACCCCUGAUUCGUGUGUGUAAUUCAUGUGAUUUGUGUUUUCUACAUUAAAAGACUUCUUUCACUC